AUGAAAGCAAUCAGACUACACCCCAACUCAGACGAGAAACACCCCUACAGCUCCAGCAACCCGGCGCCAGCAUCUGCGCUCCACCUGGACACGAUCCCGAUCCCCAAACCCGGCGCUUCCGGCGAUCUCUUAGUGCAAAUCAAGGCAUCGACCAUAAUCCGCGACACACUCACUUGGCCUGAGACAUAUGAGCGAGAAUACAUCACGCCGGGGCACGACUUUUCUGGGAUCGUCGCCGAAGUCUACAACAAGGAAUCCAAAUUCCAAGUCGGCGAUGAGGUCUUUGGGAUGCUUGCCACGGACCGUCCGGGGAGUUGGGCGGAGUAUGCCAUCGUGCUCGAAGGAGAGGUCGCGCUCAAACCAUCAAUCCUGACGUGGGAGGUAGCCGCUGCUUUGCCACUCAGUGGGAUGACGGCGUAUGAAGCGCUAUUUGUUCAUGCCGGAGUCGCCGUACCCGGUGACGAGCAAGCCCUGCGCAACUUUAGAGAAAGAGCUGAUCUCCGUAAUGAAGAGGGCAAAAAUGAGCAUGGAAAGAGAGUAUUGAUUACCGGCGCCGCCGGUGCUGUUGGCCUACAUGUUGUGGCGGCAACCAGCUCGAACCAGCGAAAUGCCGAGUUCCUGCGUGGUCUUGGGGCAGACGAGACGUGGGAGUACACAGCCCUCCAGGGUGAUGCUCACCGGAAUGCUUACGACAUUGUCAUAGAUACCGUUGGCGGACAACCUCUGGUCAAUGCCUGGGGCUGGGUCAGAGAUGGCGGAAACCUGGUCUCUGUCGACUCGAGCAGCUUCAAUUUUGUCGAGGAGCAUACGGGCCGGGGCAUUGCAAGAGAUAGGGUCAAGGCUUUAUUCUUUAUUGUCGAAGGUAGUCAUCAAGCCCUGAAUGCUCUUUCGCGGUUUGCGGAGCUGGAGCUCCUGAAGGUCUUCGUGCUUGAUGUUUACCCAUUGGAGAAGACGAGGGAGGCGUAUGAAAUAGCGAAUGGGAGGCUGAGCGGAAGAGGGAAGAUAAUCUUGUCUAUAGGACAUCCCUGA